AUGUCGCUAAAUUCAAAUUUUAAGUCAAUGACCAGUUGUUUCUCGCAAGUCGACGAAGAACUUUUGCUUGAAAAAAUCUUAGAGGAUCGAAGAGUUCCUCCACUUUACCUUUCAAUUGAAGAAUUAUCUGAAUCGAAAAAAGGUCUCGAUGAUUUUAUCGAAAGACCUAAACGUCCAAUCAAUUCAUUUUUGAUUUAUAGAAAAAAUGAAUUGGCUUUAUAUAAAUCAAAAAAUACCAAAAUCAGUAAAUCUGAUGUUAAUGGAAUUCAACUAAAGUGGAAUAGCGCAUCAGAAGAAGUAAAAAGUUUUUUUUCAAAAUUGGCUGAAUAUGCUAAAAAAAAACACGAGAAAAACUACCCUCAUUACACAUAUCGUCCAAACAAAAAUAAAAAAAAGCCGCUUAAGCACAAAAUCGUUGAGUUCAAAUUCGAGAAUAUUAAUUCCGAUAAAAAAAAGAAUAAUAUCAAUAUUAAUGAUAAUAUCAAUAUUAAUAUUAAUGAUAAUAUCAAUAUUAAUGAUAAUAUUAAUGAUAAUAUUAAUGAUAAUAUUAAUGAUAAUAAUAAUGUUAAUAUUAAUGAUAAUAUUAAUAUUAAUACUAACAAUGACGUGAAUAUCGAUAUCAACGAUAUUAUCAAUAUUAAUAUUAAUGAUGAUAACGACAAUAAUAAUUUUUUUUUAUCUUCAACAACUACGACUAAUACAACCAACGCCAUCGACUACACUGAAAUAAUUAACAAGCCUAAUCCUCUUGUCAACAACAACACUACUACUACUAGCUUAUGUAAUAUGAAUAUGUACAUUGAAAAUAAUUGUUCAUCGCAAGAUUUAACAAAUAUGAGAAUAACCGAUAAUGACUCAAUCAACCCAACAAAUUAUGAAUAUUAUUACUACAAUCUUUAA